AUGAGAAGUGUUCUCCUGAUGCUGAUGCUGUCAAUCACAUAUACCCAGAGCCUCUCCUCAUGUCCAGCCUCCUGUGUGGUGUGUUCUGAAGAUGCUGUCAUCUGUUACAAGCUCUCCAACAUCCUAGAGGCCCCUGAGACCACCAAGGCCAUGAUGCUGACCGACGGCUCCAUCGUGUCCGUGGACCGCCACUUUCUGUCUGACAUGUCCAGCAUGACCGUGCUGUCCCUCAGCCACAACGCCAUCACCACCAUUACCCACGACGCCUUCCAGAACCUCACCGUCCUCCACACCCUCCUCCUGGACCACAACCACCUCUCCAGCCAGGCCCUGGGGAGGGACACUUUUUCCUGGCUGCCCAGGUUGGAGAUCCUCAAGCUGGGGAACAAUGCCCUCGGGGAAGUCAAUGGCUCCUGGUUCCAUGCCGCCGGGGCCCUGCGGACGCUGCAGCUGGAAGGGAACCGCCUCUCCAGGCUGGACGCCACCACCUUUGCCUCGGCAGACCUCCAGGGGCUGGAGACCUUGGAUCUGUCCGAUAAUCUGAUCACAUAUCUGGGGAGGGAUAGCUUCCGGGGUCUGCUGGGGCUGCGUAGUCUGGAUCUGUCCAGGAAUCAGCUCCAGAGUGCCCCGCCAGAGGUGUUUUCGUACCUAUCGCGGAUGUCUAGUCUGAACCUGGAACUAAACUGGUGGAACUGUACAUGUGAGCUGAGGAAGCUGGCGUCUUUCCUCACCAGCUAUAUGGAGGCUCCGGAUAAGGUACUGUUCAACGGGCGUAGGAUGGUGUGUGUGAGUGCUGACAACCCGGCAGUGAAGACGGUGCUGGAGCUGACAGAGGCCAACUGUGUUCCAACAAAUCAGAACAUCACAGUGCAGGUUGAGGCUAGGAAUGCCAUCUCCUCUCAGCGUUAUACCAGAGACCUGGCUCUGGCUGCAGCCUUCUGCUUUGCUGGUGGCGUUGGACUCACCCUAGCUGUGGUGUACAUUGUUUACUGCAAACUGGGGAUGAACAAGAGCCUGAAGGUCUGGAGAGACAGGACUGGAGCUGAGGAGGAUGAGAAUGGGAGGACAGCUCCCACCCAAACAGUCACCCAGUGGGAUCUGAGCAGGGAGAAUGAGGCCCUACCUAUGGCUCAAAUGGGACUGGAAACCAAGCUGAUCAUUCCCAAUAGCCACCUUCAGCCUUGGGACAGGGAGAGAGCCAUGUUUGACCUGAGAAUAGGCAAAGAUGGCGGCCAUUUUACAUGCCCCCAUUGUGGCCCUGCAGUCAGUGGGUCUGCAACGGAACAGGGGGUAGGAGAUGGACACUUGGGGGCACCCCUGCACAUGCUCAGACAAGGGGGAGGCCAGCCCAACAAGAUGGAGAGUCUGGCCAUGACAGAUGAGAGCGACGAGAGGAAGAGACAUGUGCCCCAACAAAUCUAA